GGGACAUGUAGGUGAUAGGGCAAGAGAUCAUUUGCAUAGCCGGAGGAUUGCUAGGAGAGAAUGAAAGAUCUACAUGGAGGGAAAGGGCAUUGAUAGGGAGAGGAACAAACAGUGGUGCUCUUAGACCCGUACCCCUAGGCCAUGCAGCCCGCACGCAAGUCCCGCCUGUCUACAGCAGGUACCAGCCUGGGCGCAGAGAUUACAGCUAGCCCUUCCAUCUCUGGUGAUCUUCGACUACUCCAUACAAUAGACGCUGGAGAUCAGCUGCUUUGUUGCCAGUUCAACAAUGAUGGGACACGGGUUGCUGCAGGAAUGCGGACUGGUGCCAUUAAGGUUUAUUCUGUCAACGACGGAUCGCUUCAUCAUGUUCUUGCUGACAGUGACACUGCCACCAACGGGUUACCUGUCACCUCCAUGCGUUAUAUGCCUCGAGGCCCUGCCCACAAUGGAGAUGUCUUGCUUGCCACCUAUUCUGGUGGGAUGGUGAAACUGUGGCAUGUCUCAUCCCACACUUGUGUGCGCACCUUAAUAGAGGACCGCCAGACAAUGAUAUCCUCCUUCAACCCUUCAGGUUCCAGGUUCAUUACAGGUGGAGCAGGACCUGGGAUUUACAUGUAUGAUACCCAAACCUGGAAUAAAGUGGCAACUUUUCAGCCAAGUGAUUCUCCAAGUGUGAUGGAUGGGCACAUGUCCCGCGUCUAUGCUUUUGCCUUCUUUCCUGAAAGUGAUGAACGCUUUAUCUCUGGAGGAUGGGAUGACACUGUGCAGUUCUGGAGCACACAAUCAUCACAAUCGCUACGGCGCAUCUCUGGGCCCCACGUUUGUGGUGAUGCUGUCUCCAUAGACAAAACUGGAACACAGAUUCUGACAGGUUCCUGGAGGCGUAAUAACACCUUGCAGAUCUGGGAGGCUGAAACUGGUGCCAAGAUCAUGGACAUCCCAGAAGACUUCCGGGGUCACUCACAGAUUUAUACCUGUCACUUCCUCGGCCUUGACCAUAUUAUAGCUGGUGGGAGUCGGAACAAUUUAUGCCGGCUCAUUGACAGGAGGAUACUCAUGAGUACAGGGGUACUGAAUGAGCUGCCUGGGGGAGUCUAUAGUACCCACGUCAGCUCCCGUGGGGUCUUAGCAGCCACUUCCUUGAACACCUUGUAUCUUGCACAGACUCCUGUACGGCCUUGAACCCUCCCUUAAAGG